GUUGGUUUGACGCGUCGUUGCAUGCGCGCGCGUUCUAACAACAUUCUUAACUCAAAUUCGAAAAUCGAACGCCGAACUUAUCUGUGAAAAACAGUGCAGUGAAAAUCCUAAAGUUAAAUUGUGAUUUGUGAAAUGCUCCCAAUUAUGGAAAUUCCAUGUUUGAAUAUCAACAAGGUGAUUUUUUAACGUGCCCGAGCGCUAAAGUGGAAGUUUGUAUGAAUUAUUGAAGAAGAAACACUUCGCUGACUUGAGGAAACGGCAUCAAAGGUAUGAGCGAAAAGUAGUAAGAGUGGAGUUGUGGUGUCAUGGUAGAUCAAUCUCACGGUCUCUAACACAAAGAUCACCAUGUGGCUGUUUCUCCUGCUCUUCAUGGUGCCAGUGCUUGGGCAGCAGCCGUGGGUUCCGUGCUCAGAGCUGAACGAUGACCUUCGGUACCCCUGCCGGUGUCGGGUUCAGGUGGAUAGGACCCUACAGCUGAGGAUCCUGAUGAACUGUGACCGGGUGGUCUUCCCUGGAGACUUCCCACCUCUGCCUUAUGGAGCCCCGAUCAUAUCCUUCAGCCAGCGGUGGUCUGGGCAACAGGCCUUGCCUACACAGAUCUUCUCAUCCUACGGGAUACCCUUAAAGGAGCUGGACUUUUCCUUCAACAGUCUCCGGCGUCUCCCAGACCGACUCCUCGCUGGCAUCCGAGGAAACAUCAGCAGACUGGUCUUCGCUGACAAUCUUCUUGGAGACAACCUGAACCCCAUAUUCUCGACGGCAGAACUCCACAACCUGCCCGCUUUGGAAGAGUUGGAUCUGAGCGGGAAUAACAUCAGGGGAAUCGAAGAAGGACUGCUCAUUGGGUGUGAUGUUCUGAAGAUAUUACGCUUGGAUCGAAAUAAUAUGAAUUCUGUACCUUCUUCAUCACUAAACGGACCUCAAUCGUUGAGAAUUAUUUCGCUGAGAGAAAACAGAAUAGCAACAAUCCGGCAAGCAUCAUUCAUCGCUCAGAAGACUUUGGAAGAAAUCGACUUACACGGAAACAUGAUAUCGACCAUCGAAGGGGGCGCCUUCAUUGGCCUCAGCGAGCUUCAAACCCUGGACCUAGGCCGCAAUAGGCUAAACAAAUUCAACAGCGACGUGUUCCAAGGGACUGAGAAUCUGGAGAAGCUGGAUCUGUCAGAGAACUUUAUUACAGAUUUUCCAACUGUGGCUAUUAAGUCGUUCGCAGCGCUGAGACAUCUGAAUCUGUCUAGCAACAUGAUUUCGAACAUCGACAAUAGCCACCUCAGUUCCCUGGUCUCCCUGCAAGUGCUGGACCUCAGCAGGAACAACCUGGUGAAGCUGUCUCCUGGCACUUUUGUGGGACUCACAGAACUACGAUAUUUGGACGUUGGCGUCAAUUCUUUACGUACUGUCGAGGACGACGCGUUCGACGGUUUAACAAGCCUGCAAACUUUGCUGCUCCGAGACAACAAUAUCCUUCUUAUUCCCGCCACUGCACUCUCGCGACUGCCGAACUUAGUUUCUGUACACUUAGGUUUUAACAGAGUCACUGCUUUAUCUAGUGACAUACUCCGAGCAGUCUCCGACAGAGUUACAUCCUUGGUUUUGUCCAGAAAUGUUAUCAGGGAACUACCGCCCGCAGCGUUCGAUCACUUCAAAAUGCUCCAACACCUAGAUCUAUCAGGCAACUUAUUAAAUUCCAUAUCGGCAGAGGUAUUCAGCGGCUUGGAAUCUUCGCUGCAAUUCCUGUCUUUGAGCCAAAACAGAAUUUUAGGCUUCACCGGUCAGCAGCUCAAGUUUGUAGGGCUGUGGUUCUUGGAUAUAUCCGGGAAUCAACUGUCAGAAAUCCCAGCAAAUGCUUUCGAGUUUAUCCCGAGCUUAACUCAUCUGAACAUGAGCCGAAAUGCCCACAUCAGUGUUUUGCCUCAAAGCGUCUUCAAUCAUAAUCAAGGCUUAUUGAGCGUGGAUAUAAGUCACGUCGGAUUAAAGGCUCUCCCCGUUAAUUUAUUCAUGAAAACACCUAAUUUGGAAUACGUUGAUUUAUCAAACAAUCUUCUUCAAGAGGUAUCAGAAAAUACUUUCAAAAAUCUACGAAACUUGACCUAUUUAGACUUAUCCUACAAUAAUAUAGUCAACAUCAGAACGCCGGCUUUUGUAAACGUAAUGUCUAUUCGGUAUUUGUCUCUCAAAGGGAAUCAAUUAAACGCUUUCAAGGGAGAGUUCUUCAACACUGGGACGAGUUUGGAAGUUAUAGAUCUUUCGGAUAACCAGCUAAGUUAUCUAUUCCCAUCUUCAUUUAAAAUCCAUCCCCGUUUACGCGAAAUUAUACUUACGAACAAUAAAUUUAAUUUCUUCCCCUCGGAGCUUAUAAGCACUUUACAGUAUUUGGAAUUAGUGGACUUGUCUGGUAACGCUUUGAAAAACGUCGACGAACUUGACUUCGCUCGCCUUCCGAAACUAAGAACGAUUUUGUUGGCGCGAAACGAAAUUGAAACAAUAAGCGAAAUGGCUUUCCAUAACUCCUCACAAAUACAAUAUUUAGAUCUCUCCGACAACAAGAUCGACCGCCUCGGUGACAGGCUGUUCGAGGGACUUAUUAGAUUGGAACUGUUGGAUUUAGCUGGAAAUUCCCUUACUGAAUUACCGGAUAACAUUUUUGAUCGCUCAAGGUUACACAUGCUAGAAAAAAUUGUAUUGAGCAGAAAUCUGUUUGAGCAUGCCCCGUUGAAGGCUUUACAAAAGCAAUAUUUCUUUGUCUCAUCUGUCGAUUUAUCUUACAACGAGAUCAUCGAUAUUCCUGCAGAGGAUAGUGUUAUGGUUAACAUUAAGAAGCUGGAUUUAUCAUUCAAUCCACUGUCAGAGAAGACGAUCAGUAAUGUCCUUACUGAACCAAAAACAGUCCGGGAGCUGAACCUAGCUGGCACAGGAAUGAGAUCAGUGGGUCAACUCGAAACACCCUUUUUGUACAGUUUGAACUUGUCAUUCAAUAAUAUUACGGGCUUGUCAGAGAAAACUUUCACCAGAACGACACUGCUUGAAUCGUUAGAUUUGUCUCACAACCAGAUAGUAGAUGUAUCUGGAGCUCUUGCCAUUUCAUGGCCUAAACUCAAAAACCUCCAACGCCUUAACAUCUCAAAUAACCCAAUAGUAAUGAUUGCUGAUGGUAACUUCGAAGGUUUAUCGUCUUUGCGAAUUCUUGAUAUCAGGUACUUGGAUAAAUGCACAAGAAUAGAGAAAAAUGCUUUCAGAUCGUUACCUAAUCUGAUUGAGUUGAGAGCUUAUGGCUAUCCAAGACUAGGGUAUUUGGAUAUGCAAGGCAUGCUUCAGUACCUGUUGGCUCUUGAGAAGUUAGACGUAGAGGUAAAGGAUACCAAUAUUGGCGCUGACCAGUUGCAUUCAACUUUGCAUCCUCGCUUAGAAGAACUUGGGAUUAGAGGGUCUCGAUUGAAAACAGUGUCUUCUGGUGUUCUCGCAGGCUUGAAGUCCCCAGCUAUCACAGUCAGGUUCCGAAACACUUCAGUGUCUAGCCUUCCACCUGCAUUGCUCUUCCCAUUACCAAGAUCAUCUCAAAUCACAAUCGAUGUAGCUGGAAGUCAGUUGAGUACUUUACAACCGCAGUUGCUUGUAGCCUUGGAUGAUCGUCGCGCCGACUUGUCAAUGUUCGGAUUGGACACCAACCCGAUCAAAUGUGACUGUAAUGCACGAGCUCUUAGGAGAUGGCUUCCCAAUGUCGGUAUAGAUAACGUCCGAUGUGACUCUCCAGACCAUUUAUCAGGAUUCUUAUUAGUUGAGAUAGGAGACGACGAGUUAUCGUGCGAAACUAGGCGGAGGACCACACUUCCAUCUUCUUCGUCCAGUAUUGUAACGACCACUCCAUCACCUCGUCUCGUACACCGUACUUCAGCGGAGCCUGACAUAAUUUGGUCUGUUGCCCCUUCGCACGACCGGCCAAAGGCAAAUGGCGAGCCGAAAGGUGCUCCAGUGGUCGGUAUGGCAUCAACAACGAACGAUGAUAACUUGAUUAUAGGAAUAGUAGGUGGUGUGGUUGCAUUUAUAGCUAUACUGAUAAUUGCGAUAUGCGUUGUUCGGUUGCGGAUGACAACAACGUCGUACAGGGGAGGGCCGCUGGCUAGUAGUCCUGCGACAGCUGGGGCUCCGCUGUGGGCCGGGGCCUGGCCCGGGUACGCCGCGACCCUGCCCCCCGCGUCGUUAUCCACAGCCACUCUGCCACAUAAGGUACAGCCGGGGCCCGGUUCAGUCCGGUACUUAGCGCCCCCACCCGCCCCCUAUUUUAUUAGUAUGCCGCCGCACGACGAUAAAAUAUACCGGUAGGACGAUUCCGCAAAUUGUGGGCUCUAUAGUUUAGAUUUAUUGGGGUUAUGCCAUUCUGUAAAUAUUAACAUUCCAGGGAAUUAUCAUAUCAGUAAUUAAGCGAACUUUGUCUUGUGGAAGACACCAAAUAAUGUGGCUCAAGUUUCAUAUCGUUGUAGAUAUUCUUGGAUCUUUCUGUAACUACUUGCGAAGGUUGCUAAGGUGUAUUUAAUAUUGCUUGGACUAGAUUUACUUAGCUAGUCACCAGUGACUUAUCUUCGAGGUGAAUGUUUUACGAAAAAUCUUGGGACAUCCUUAAUUACGAUUUUAGAGUACUCUAAUGGAUAAGCUUAAAUGUUAUGUGUAAGCAGAUAAGUAGGUACUUAAGUAAUUUAAAAGAUGUAAAAUAUUUAUUUAACAUUUCGUAAUUUCAUGGGACUUCAAGUAAAGCUAUGAAAUUAUUUUUAACUUGUAACUGUAGUAGUAAACAUUACAAAGUAAUA